GAAAGAGGGUGAGAGAAAGAUAGAAUCCUCGUCUCUGGCUGUUGCCGCACCGCCACCGUAGCAGCAGCAGCACCAGCAGCGGCAGCGAAGUAUAUCGUGACGUACUACGGCGUGACGUACGCCGCCGUACGAGGACGAAACGAAAGGGAGAGAGAGAGGAGAGGAAAAGCGCGCGAAUCGUGAGCCACCGUCAGUGUACGUCGCGCCAGUCUCCGCGCCGGUGUUCGGGUGCUCUCGCGCUUAUUCGAGGUUAGGUUCGACGAGGCGCGUUCUUCGAAACGCAUUCACGACAUUUUAGACGUUCUCAAUUUUUUUUAACCGAGAGAACGUAAUUUACGUAUCGCGUUGUUAGUAUUAUUACCAUUAUCGUUGUUACGAGCGUUAUUACGAGAUCGAAUUUGACGCCGUCGUAUUUUAUUUGUCUCACUUUUAUCAACUAACGUCGAGACCUGUGGCACGCGGAAUAUGGUGCGUCCCGAGAAGAAACUCGAAACUCGUCGCUCGCAAAGCGACGGAUAAGAGAGGAUCAAAACGGAGAGGAUCUGACAGGAAAGAGUAGUGUGAAUGUUCUCGGAUAGCCGUAUGUCGCGGCUUGCCGCGCACGACUUUUUCAGUGCACACGAGGAAAAUAUGGAUAACUCUGCGUACGUGCCGAAUCAUCUACCACCGCCGUCCCUGGUCGUGUUUUCGCAGGCCGGGGGACUGCCCGAGGCCCUGAGAAUGCAAAGACCCUUCAAUCCACAAGUGACAGAUUCGAAGGAGCUCCAGGUGCCGUUCAGCACAGCGGCGUCCCUCGGUUACGGUCUUCAUCAUAUGCUUCAUCUGCCACCACAAUUUCUUCAUCCGCUGGACCAUCGGUUACCAUUCGCUGGGUUCAGGCCCCUUGGGCCUUCUGCGUUCGCGCCACCGAGCAAGUGCCUCAAGGUCGAGACGGGUAACGGUUCGGUAGCCGGCUCGGGUCUACCAAGCAUCGGCUCUCUUUCGAGUAUGUCGAACAUGUUCUCGCCUACGUCCUUGCCUCCCUCCGCCGGUGGAGGAGCAGUCGUCUCAGUUUCGGGCCCAGGAAGCACAGCCACCGGUUCGGGCUCUGCUAACGUCGUUGGUGCUGGUACUGGUGGUGCUGGUGCUGGUGCUGGUGGUACAGCCAGUGGUGCUGUUUCAUCUGUGCUAUCUUCUGGACCAGAAGGUGCACCUCACAGCCCGGCUGGUUCCGCGAGCCGUUCUCCGACGGGUACCGGGACCGGCUCGGCGCCGAAUCGAGGCCCAACCCCCGAGGAGGAGGAUCGAGACGCCAACGCCACACCCGGAUCCGAGAACACCGAGCGCUCCACCCCCGAGGAGGGACGACCUUACAGACUGGGGCCUGUGUUCGGGGGCCGAUGCGGCGCGGAGGCGCUCGGUCUGGGGCUGGGGCUGUCGCUGGGCCCGGCCUACAGGUUCGCUCUGCCCCCGGGACUCGCUGCCAAGACCACCCGCUGCCUUGUAUUCGACCAAGGUAAAAAGAAAUUCCCUUCGGAUCCGUCGUGUUGUCCAGUGUGUGGCGUUACAGUGAGACCGCAGGAACUCGAGCAACAUUUUGCUCAGGAACUCGAUCGACUUUAUAAAAUCUCGUCAGCUUCGUCGCGACCACGACCACCCAGGUCUACUUUACCACCAGUUCAUCCUCAAGAUCAUCCACAUGGACCGAUGUUACAUGCUCCGUCAGCAGCCGAGGGUCCACCACAUGGAACACCUCAUCAGACACCUCAGGGUAGAUGGGAGACCUAUAAAAGAAUCAAGGCGAAUAGACAGGCCAGGAUUCGCGUGAAGAAUAGAAAAAGAAAAGCGGACGAGCCAACGUGUCCAGUUUGCAGCGAGAGACUGUCUGGUACUCCGGAAGAAUUGAAUCAGCAUGUUGAACGUUGUUUGAACAAGCACAACAAUGGUAAUCCAGCAGGUCAACACUCGAAUCUCGAUGAAGAAGAAGUGGAUGUUGAGGGCGACGCGGAAACCUUCGAAGAAUAUGAAUGGGCAGGUCAAAGAAGAGUUCGGGCAACGUCAAUGCUCGUUGGUGGAUUUUCUGCCGCUGGUUUGGCAACAUCCUCGAGCAAUCGUGGUUCCGGUGGCGGUGGCGGAGGAGGAGGAGGAGGUGGGGGUGGUGGUGGUGGUGGAGAUGGUGGAAAUCAACAAGACGAAGAAGACGUAGACUUGGUCGUCGAUGGCGACGAUGUAGCGGAAUUUGGACCGGCACAAUAUUCCGAGGCUGAUGUAAUCGCUCCAAGGAUCGACGGUACACCGAGGGAACAAAAGGAGAGGGACGCACUUAGAGAAGCGGUAAUAUCACCAAACGCACCCCAUACUCCUCAUUCCGAUCAGCUGACGCAAGGGUUGCUCGAGGUCAAGCCGGAACCAGGUACCACGACCACAACAAGCUCAUCGACGCCUAUUCCUGGCCAACAAAACGAACUCGAUGAAAACGUCUCAUCUUCACCAAGGAGGGAUGGCGAAACUCCUGUCGUCGAAGCUCUUCGAGGAAGAAUCAAAGAACUCGAAGCUGAGAUGCGUGGUCAACCUUUCAAGUGUCUGAUUUGCAUGGAACAAUAUAAGAAACCAGUGACGUCCGUAUGCUGUUGGCACGUGCAUUGCGAGCAAUGCUGGUUACACACGCUGGGUGCGAAAAAGCUCUGUCCCCAAUGCAACAUGAUCACCUCACCAUCGGAUCUACGACGGAUCUACAUGUGAAUGAAAUCUCGUACGAAUGAUGAAUGCUAAUGAUGAAUUAUACCGAUCGACGAACGUCCUAUGCUUCGCCUGAAACGAUACAAUACAAUACAAUAUACCAAACAAAAUGAAACAGAAUAACAAAAAAAGAAAAAGAAAAAAAACAGAAAAACCAAAAAAAGAAAAAUAACAACAACAACGGGGAAAAAAAAAAUAAGAACGAACGAACAAGAAGAACGACGGUGAUGACGAAAUGAUGAAAGAAAUAAAAGUUUCACCGAAUCGUCCCUCGGAACGUAUCCGCAAAUUUCGUGUAAAUACUUGUAAAUUCAUAAAUGUAUAACAUAAAUUAACUCUCUCACGUAAACGUA